AUGGCAACAAUACAUCCGUCUCGCAUGGCUCUAGUGCCACAAGACUCUAGAGAUUCACACCCAUCCUCGAGGGAGGCGAGAGACCGUGGCCGGUCGCCUUCCCCUCGAUACUCUCGCCGACGCACGCCUUCCAUUGACAGGGAGAAAAGACACUACAUGGACGAGGCGCGGAGGGGUAGAGAGGAGGAAAGCAGCAAGCUUCACGAGCGAGGCCGCGCACGCGCUGAUGACUACUUCGAUGAUGCCAGCGGCAGUGGGGGACAGCCGGGGCGGCGUGGAGGAAGCAGGAGCGUGGAUAGGGAGCGGGAUCGUGAACGCGGAGAGAGACGAGAGAAGGACAGGAUGCGACGGCCCAGCCCAGAGUACAAUGAGUACCGAAGGACCUCUUCACCCCGGGAACAGGAGGACUCUGCAGGUGCACGGCCUCCGUGGAGGCAACAACAAAACGUGUACCCAAGGGGGAGGGACCGUGCCCCGCAUAUUGGCGGCGCUGAUUACAUGGACAGCCGAAGACAGCAGCGAGACAACAUCACUUUCAGCAUCUGGCCUCCGUCGCCCAAAGCACCUACGCGUGACUUAUCACGGAGUCCCGAUGCCAAAAGACGGAAGAAGACGCACAAGCGCCACUACGACUCUGAUGAAUCUUCCGCCACGGAAUCCGAGGAGGAACGCCGGCACCGACGGAAGGAGCGGAAGCGAUCACGGAAGGAGAAGGAGCAGGACAAGUCGAAGGAGAAGGAGCAGGUCAGAUCGAAGGAGAAGGAGCGGGAGCGCCGAAAGUACAGGUCGCGAUCCCGGCGGCAUAGCGACGAGGAGGACUCCGAAGAUGAGAGGGAGCAACGGCGAAGGCGCGAAAUCAGAGACAAGAGAAAGGGCGCUGGUAGAAAUGAGAGUAAAGAGAGGCGGCGCAGCACGACCAGGACGAAGAGCCCUGAAGAACAGCCUCCCACAUCUGAGCCAGAGGAGGACGAGUGGGUCGAGAAGCCGGCCACCACAAGUCUCCUCGCAGCUGCAGCUCCCGCUCAGGCCAGCGGCAUUCCGUCCAAGGCACCAACAUCUAAUGCUCCCGUUAAUGCCGCCCAGAUACAGCAGGCAUGGGCAAACGCCGCUGAGGACGAAUCAGACGAGGAGGUCGGCCCGCAGCCCGCGAACAAGAUCAUGUCCUCGCGCAAGGUCGACGAGCGGCAAUACGGCGGCGCAUUGCUGCGUGGAGAGGGUAGUGCGAUGGCGGCGUUCCUCAAAGACGGCACGGACGUGCGCAUCCCACGCCGUGGUGAGAUCGGGCUGGCGUCCGACGAGAUCGCGAUGUUUGAGGGGGUGGGGUACGUGAUGAGUGGCAGCCGGCAUCGGCGCAUGAACGCGGUGCGGAUGCGGAAGGAAAAUCAGGUCAUCAGUGCGGAGGAGAAGCGCGGGAUCUUGAAGCUGCAGCAGGAGGAGCGCGAGCGGCGGGAGGCCAUCUUACGCGAGGAGUUCCAACAGCUUGUCACAGAUAAGCUCAAGUCGGGAGCUGCGAAGUGA